GAACGCAACUACGACUACACGCUCUCGUGCUCGCCUCCUGGCUGGCUGUAUGGCGCGCACACAUGCGCCUUUAUUGUACAUUUGUUUGGAGGGAAGUGGCAGAUGAAGGAGUUUCUGUCUGGAUUUGGUCAACGAACUGGCAACUCUCUGACCUCUUCACAGGGGCUAUAACCGACAAUUGGGGGAGUGGCAUUCACCUCACAAGACCCAGGCAUGAGCAUGAUGAAACCAACAACUCAGAGGUGCCGAGCUCCCACCACCUGUGGGGUAGCUGCCAUAAAGAACCCCUUACUGGGCAGGACAGGACCCCGGCUCAAAAGAACCAGCACCCAGGAACAACGGGGUCCACCAGAGAAGAGCUGCUGCUGGAAUGAUAUAUAUUAUUUUAGAAUGACACCGCCACCAACCAUUGUAAUUCAGCGGCAGGAAAUGACAUCAUACUUCAAACUUUUUGACGAUGACCUAAUCCAAGACUUUUUGUGGAUGGACUGUUGCUGUAAAAUGACGGACAAGUAUCUCCUUGCCAUGGUAUUUGUCUACUUCAAAAGAUCCCGCUUCUCUAUUGCAGAAUACAACAAGAACAACUUUUUCAUUGCCCUGUACCUUGCAAACACCAUGGAGGAAGAAGAAGAGGAAAGUAAAUAUGAGAUUUUUCCAUGGGCAUUGGGUAAGAACUGGAAGAAGACGUUUCCUCUUUUCCUCAAGCAGAGGGACAAACUUUGGGCUCGCAUUGAGUUCAGAGCAGCAGUCAGUAGACGCUGCUGUGAAGAGGUGAUGGCCAUCAUGCCCUCUCACUUUGUGUGGAAGCGAGAGCGCUCAGAGCACCACAGUGGCGCUCAGCGCCAUUAUGACCAAAGAGACAAAGCACGUCUUCCACGAGGGCCUGCGGCCUCUCCAAUCCCCUGCACACACUGCAACCACCAGAAAAGAUUUGAUCAUCAGAUCCAUUCCUCUUCUACCCCCAUAAUGUCAUCUGUGCAAAGCUCCUGCCCGACACUCCCACUUGGCUAUCAGCUGAAUUUGGAGAAAACGCCACCCAGGGUCCCAGCCGCUUGCAGGGAGAGAAUCAAAAACAAAAAUCCUCAGCAUUCCUCCUGCAGCUGUAUAGUACCUGGCAAUGAAUUGUCCAGCUCCUCUGUGUAUGACUCUUCCAUGAACUGGAUCAAUGACGAUAAGAACAUCUCACCACAUCAGCAGUGUUCACAACUUCCUUUUUCAGUCUCCCACCCUGUGGGCACUCAUACCCUGAAGAAGAUGCCUUAACCAACAACACCCCAUUAGUCUUUAGUGGGUGUAAUAAUGAGCCAAUGGGAUAAACACGAGAGGCAUAUUUAUUCCACACUGUUCUUGAUAUUUAUAUAUUUAUAUGUGAUGGAGUUUAAGUUAUGCCACAUAAACUCAAUUAGUGUCAUAGAACUGUAUGUUUGUGUUUUGGACUGUUGCCUGUGUCUAUACUAUUAACUGCUUCCUCAUAAAUUGUCAAAUACUAUCUUUCAUUUCAUUGUUUGGCAAUACUUGUACAUAGUCGUACUAGAAAAGUAAUGCAAAAAGUACAUACUCCACAAGCCUUAUUGAUGAAGCUUUGAAACUCUCGUUCCCUCCCACAUUGCAUAAACGUAAAUGUUUUGGCAUUAAGGUUAAUGGGAGAAUCUAAAUCGUCCAAAGCUAUGAAUGUGAAUGGUUGUUUGUCUAUAUGGGUGUGAUUGUUUGGCAACCAGUCCAGGGUGUACCCUGCCUCUCGCCCAGGCGAGCCCUAGGCUCCAGCGUACCACCCCCAUGACCCUGGUAAGGACAAGCGGCAUUGAAGAUGGAUGGAUAAAGCUGUGAAAUUGGGAUCUGAACCAAAAUAAAGUUGGAGAAUUUUUGGAAGUCACAUUAUAAUUCAGUGAAAUGUACUCUUUGAUUUUUGUAAUACAUUCAUUCAGCUUUUUGAUCCUCAGAUCAGAUUUAUUUUCCAUAUACUUUACAAACGAAUAU